UCAUCCCGGUAUCAUGGUAUAGAGAGCCCCGCAAACUGGCUAUCACUGUGAGGAGAUUGGUUUCAAUCAUGCUGUCGAAUGUUGUCAAGCGAAGCGUCAGCCAGUUCGGUGUUUUCGUGAGGCAGAUGAGCAAAGUGAAUAAUUCCUUGUCGGCGACACAGGAUGGACAGAAAAAUAGAAUACUAUGGAUUGACCUGGAGAUGACAGGGUUGAAUGUAAAAACAGAUCAGAUCCUAGAGAUUGCCUGUCUUGUCACGGAUGCACAGCUCAACAUUGUUGCAGAGGGCCCGAGCCUGGUCAUCCAUCAUCCUGACUCUGCCCUGGAUGCCAUGGACGACUGGUGCACACAGCAUCAUGGGAAGUCUGGUUUGACAGAAGCUGUGAAGAAGAGUAAGAUCACGUUGCCUAACGCUGAAGAGGAAGUUCUGCAGUUUGCCACAACGCACACGCUCCCUGGGGUGUGUCCUUUAGGGGGCAACUCUGUACAUGCUGACAAGGUGUUUCUGACCAAGUACAUGCCACGGCUUGCCAACCACCUGCACUAUCGCAUCAUAGAUGUGAGCACAGUGAAGGAACUCUGCAGGAGGUGGUACCCUGAGAAAUAUGAAGCAGCACCCAGGAAGAAGCUUUGCCACAGAGCGCUGGAUGACAUCAAGGAAAGCAUCGAGGAACUCAAGUAUUACCGCAGCACCAUAUUCCGCUCCUAAAACAUUCACACAGGAUUGACAUGUACUGAGUGGUGAAUGUGAGGGAUGUGGACAUUCCUGGUCUUUGCUGAACAUUCUUAGGAUGUAGAAUCUGUAACACAUUCCUUUCUUACAAGGCUAUACUUAACCUAGAGCCGGUCAUAUAAAGUCAUGCAGGUGCAGGGAGGGCGUGGGUGGCCCAGUCGUCUAAGGCACCGCGAUUCGCUGUGCAGAGUUGCGUCUUGGGCACGCCAGAAACCUAUGAUUGUGGGUUCGAAUCCUGGUUUGCCCCGAUUAUUUUUCUAGGUUUGUCAGCACCAUACCAGUGCUCGUGGGUUUCACCGAAGUGGUCAACGUCUGAGAACUGCAUGACUUCAGGCUUACCUCCCACAUUAAGCUGACACGCCGCGAUAUAACUGGAAUACUGUUAAAAGCGGUGUUAAACCCAACUCACUCACUCAUUGCUGCAGGGGGCAGCCAAUGGCCUCAUCCCCCUAAACUUGCUCUGUGACUUGUGCCAGGACCCAUUGCAUUGUAGACAUUGUCUGUUGCUGCUUCAUAUGUGUUUAUGGGGCUGGUAUUAAAGCCUGCGUCAAUGUCUGUGCUUUCCCCCAUUAUACUGUUGCCAGGCUGGGUCUAUUUUGUGGUACAUGGCGGCAUCCCAGUAAUGCUAACUGUUUUCUCCCAAACAUCUGAAUUUAUGUUAUGGGUCUUUGUUUGUUGUCCGUCAGUCCAUCCAUCCAUUAUCUCUGAAGCUUAAAAUCUCUUCUUCACGAAAUCUACUGACUGUAUCAAUAUCAUUUUCAAAUGACAUGUUCUCUGUGGGCUACAGCUACAGCUACAGCAAUUGUGUUGAUCGAUGCUCAUGAUGUCAAUCACUGGAUUGUCUGGUCCAGACUCGAUUAUUUACAGACUGCCGUCAUAUAGCUGGAAUAUUGUUGAGUGUGGAGUUAAACAACAAACAAACAAACAAACAAACAAACAGAAGCUACAGAAAAGUAAACUUUUCAUUUUCAAAAGUUCAAAAUGGUCUCCUCAACAGACGUUAAGGGUCAAAGGGAGACUACUCUUCAAACCUCAGAGGCUAAACCAUGUUUAUAAUUUUAACUUUAUACAAUCUUCAUUAAAGUCAUGAACGUGAUCCAAUAAAACAUUAACAUCCUUGCACAUCAAAAUUACUGAUAUAAAAACACAAAACAGUGUCGAAUAACACAUUUCUGUACCAGAAUUGUCAUGUGAAAUAUGUGAGGUGGGUGUUGGAAAAUCCAAAAUGGCUGUUACUGACGGUAUAAUUAUAGAAGUAAGAACCAUCUUUUUUACGGAUGAUAUAAGGGCUCAUAUGGGGUUAGUAGUUCUGCUCUCUGAUUGGUCAAACUCACUUUGAGGCAUAAUAAAAUCUCAUAUGCAGCAACUAUGUGGUUUUUGGAAUAAUAUAUCAUAGCUUUUUUGGCAUCUUUAGAUAUUUUAUCAGGCUACAACCUUUGACUUUCACGUACAAUAUUUAUACUGCUUCUGCAUUUUCAGCAUCUUUACCUCAUAUUCUUAUUGAGGGAGGUGGAACCUUAAUCGAAGACAGAAACAGAUGACAUAUCUGAAAUGUUUUGCUAAGUAACUGUGCAGGUAAAUAAAUAUUGCAAUUAAGUCGCUGCUGAAAAAGUUCUUUCAUAGUCACUGUCACCUCAUUAUAAGGCGAUGAUGGAAACUUCCAACCUACUUACAUUGUGCAUGUAGUGUCAUUAAUUCAUAGAUAAAGGAUACACUGAAUGUUG